AUGCGGGACCAGCUCCUCCAAGGGGACGAGGUCAAAGGAGAACCGAGGUCGGGGGUGAAAGGUCUCGGGAGCAAGAUGGGGGAGGGGUCAAGAGACUUAAAGGUCACAGGAAGCGGGGGGCCGGAGGGCCCCCAGCCCCGUCGCAGCCCCGGGCUCCCCGAAACCAAACGCCGCGGCCGAGCCCAGAGGAUGAACAAAGAGGCAGAGGAGCUGGAAUCGGGGCUGCAGCGCCUGCAGGACGACGCCAAGCUGCAGCCACCUCUGGGGCAGGGCAGCCGGAGAACAGCUGCAUCUCCGCGCUGGGCGAGCCGUACCUGUGCGGUGUUAUGUGCGGCUGUUCCCCAGCUGCCCCACCUCAGAAGUGGCUGCAUCUCAGCAUCAAGCGAGCCUUCCGCUAGCCCUGUUUGUCUCCAUUCCAGGCCGCCAGGACACCACGCCCACCGAGAUAAGAUGGAUGGUUACUGCAUGUUCAACCACCUGGCCAUCGGGGCCAGAUACGCCCGGCAAAAACUGGGAGUGGAACGAGUCCUGAUCGUCGACUGGGACGUUCACCAUGGGCAGGGCACCCAGUUCCUCUUCGAGGAGGAUCCCAGCGUUCUCUAUUUCUCCGUCCAUCGCUACGAGCAGGGGAGGUUCUGGCCCCACCUUCCGGCUUCCGACAGCCCCGCCGUGGGGCAGGGCCGCGGAGAGGGAUUCAACAUUAACGUGCCGUGGAACGCGGUGGGAAUGAGGGACGGGGAUUAUCUCGCUGCCUUUUUACACGUCUUACUGCCAGUGGCCUUUGAGUUCCAACCCCAGCUGGUUCUGGUGGCCGCCGGGUUCGACUCUGUGCUCGGGGACCCCAAGGGCGAGAUGGCUGCGUCGGCCGCGUGCUUCGCUCACCUGACUCAUCUGCUCAUGGCCCUGGCGGGAGGCAAGGUGCUGCUGUCUUUGGAGGGUGGCUACAAUCUGAGCUCCCUGGCCGAGGGGGUCUGUGCGGCCCUGAGGACCCUCCUGGGGGACCCCUGUCCCCGGCUGGAGCCGCCUGUUGCCCCCUGUCGCAGCGCUCUGAGCUCCGUGUCCAGGACGCUCGCGAUCCACGAGAAAUACUGGCGGAGCCUGCGGAGAGGGGCUCAGGGGAUUGGCUCUGAUCUCCUCCCUCCCCCCCCCCCCACGAGGCCGACACCCCCCCCAGAAGAUGUGGAAGAGGAGCCAGCCCCCACGACCCCCCCAGACCCCCGUGAGGUGACGCGACCCCUCCCGGCUGCCCGCACUGGCCUGGUGUAUGACGAACGCAUGACGGAGCAUUACAACAUGUGGGACAGGUACAGCCCGGAUUCCUGGCUCUCCCCGGCUCUGGGAGGGGAGUGGGGGCUGGUGGUUAGAGCAGGGGGGGCUGGGAGCCCGGACUCCUGGGUUCUCUGCCUGCCUUGCAGCCUGGCGUACGUGCAGACGGUGAAGGCCACAGCUGGCAUGAAGCCGCGGGAGCUGCACCGCCAGGGGGACCAGUACAACUCCAUCUACAUCUGCGCCAGCUCCUACGAGUGCGCCCGGCUGGCAGCCGGCUCUGCCUUCAACGCCGUGCGAGCCGUGCUGGAGGGCGAGGUGCAGAACGCCGUGGCCAUUGUCCGGCCCCCCGGGCAUCACGCCGAGUCCGACACAGCCUGUGGCUUCUGCUUCUUCAAUUCGGUUGCCCUGGCAGCUCGGUUCGCGCAGCGCCUGGCGGGACGGCCCAUGAAGGUGAUGAUCCUGGACUGGGAUGUUCACCAUGGCAACGGUACCCAGCACAUGUUUGAGGAAGAUCCGAGCGUGCUGUACGUCUCUCUGCACCGUUACGACCACGGCACCUUCUUCCCCACCUCUGAGGACGCUGACGCCGACCAGGUGGGGAAGGGGCCGGGCCGUGGCUUCACCCUCAACGUGCCCUGGAACGGCCCCCGCAUGGGCGACGCCGAGUACCUGGCCGCCUUCCACCGCCUGGUGCUGCCCGUCGCCUACCAGUUCGCUCCAGAGCUGGUUCUGGUGUCGGCUGGGUUUGACGCCGCCCGUGGGGACCCGCUGGGGGGCUACCUGGUGAGCCCCGAGGGCUACGCCCACAUGACCCACCUCCUGCUGGGGCUGGCAGGAGGCCGGGUCGUGCUGGUACUGGAGGGAGGCUACAACUUGGUGUCGAUCUCCGAGUCCAUGACCAUGUGCACCCGGACCCUGCUGGGGGACCCGCUGCCCGAGCUGGGGCGCCUGCAAGCGCCACACCCCAGCGCCCUGCACUCGCUGGCCCGGGCGAGCGCCGAGCACCGCAGAUACUGGGCCUGCCUGCGACUGGACGUGCCGAUCCGGGAGGACUCAAGGCCCCGAUCCGGGCAGCCGGGCCCCAUCCGGGAGGACUCCCCACCAGAGGAUCCCUCAGGGGGGUCCGAGAGCCCCCCCGCCUCUGAGGGCUCCGACAAUGACAUCCUGAGGCUGGGAGCCCAGCUGAGCCCUGACUCCGCCCUGCUGGGCGGGGCUUCCCCUGGAGGGGAGGAGCCUCCAGCUUCAGAGGUGUCAGAGGACCCCCCGAGCCUCCUGGACGAAGCAGCUGCCCUGCUUCCCUCCCCCUCCAUCAGCCUGGGGGUGGAGUUCGCAGACACGGGGACGCUCUACGCCGUGACCCCUCUGCCUUGGUGUCCCCACCUGGACUCGCUCCAGCCCCUUCCCCCGGCCGGGCUGGACGUGCUGGCGCCGUGUGAGGAGUGCGGCAGCCAGGCCGAGAACUGGGUCUGCCUGGACUGUUACCGGGUGCUCUGCGGGCGUUACGUCAAUCAGCACAUGCUGGCUCACGGCUCGGUUUCCGGCCACCCCCUGGUGCUGAGUUACGCCGACCUGUCGGUCUGGUGCUACACCUGUCAAUCAUACGUCCAUCACCCGACCCUGCUGCCAGCCAAGGCCCUGGCUCACCGCAUGAAGUUCGGGGAGGACCCGGCCACUGGGCUCUGAGCCCUGCGCCACAGGCAAGGGGGGGGAUGUUCAGAUCCCCCCCCCCACGCCUCCCUCCAUGAUGGACCAACC